GCAAUACUGCAUAGGCGACAACAAAUCAACAAAUCAGCGUGGGAUUUCGCUGAUCUUGGAGGCUGGGAAGCUGAUAUAGACGAUAAUUAGCAAAUAACUAGAAAUAGGCAAGUAAGAUACGGACGUGUCAAUUGCUGAUACAGGACAAUGCCGAAGAGUGAAGGAGGGUCCUGAGAUAUGACCUGAAGGCUGAAACUGAAACAUAAAGAGAUGUCCAAGAAGUGCAGGUCUAUUCUGAUCCUAUUUCAAUUUUGAAUUAAGUAUAGGUAAACCAGAAUGGAUUCUGAUGCAGAUAGCAAUAUAGCUGCUAAAUGCGGAAGUGAAGGCUUCAUUUGGGAACAAUAUUUGGAAGAUUCUGAAUUGGGAGCUGCGGACUCAUCGGUAUUUAAACAUGUUCAGCAGGAUGCUCCCAGCUACUCAGUGGGAGAGGUGGUGGAGGUGGUGGCAGGUGGCGGUGAAUCGGUCUGGCCUGCCACGGUCACCAUGGUCUGUGAUGGUCUGAUCAGGGUGCGGUACCUGGGCAGCAGCGGCUCGGCUGGGGACCUCUGGUGCGACGCGGCCGGCUCCCGGCUACGACCGCUCGGGUGGAGCCGGCAGCAGGACGUACCGACGGUGGCGCCGCCUGGAAUCUCGGCCGACGAACUACCAGAGGGCGUUACGGGACUGAAACAGGAGCAGGGGGCGCCACCAGUCCGGACGUGUGGAGUGGAUCUGGAGCGGAUCACCGAGGGGAUGAAGCUGGAGCUGCUGGACGAUAACGAGCCGUACCACGUCUGGACGGCCACGGUUCUGGAGCGGUGCGGGGUCCGUCUCCACCUGCGCCGCGACACACUGGAUAACACGCCCGACCUCUGGUUGUGCGCCAACUCUCCGCGGGUCCGACAUUUCGGCUGGGCGGGCCGUACCGGCGCUCCGUUCGUGUACCAGCCGCCGAGCUCGUGUGCCAACGACCGUACCGAGGCGGAGUGGCAGGCCAUUCUGGAGAUGAGCCGGGACGAGGCGCGUCAGAUGGCCGUCGACGACUCCAUACUGCCGCACGUCAAGUUCGAGUUUCCCACCAAGCACUCACUGACCGUGGGCUGCCGACUGGAGGCCGUGCACCCGGACCGCACGGCCAUCUGCCCGGCCUCUGUGGUCGCCGUCAUAGACUCGUACUUCUUCCGCGUGCAGAUAGAUGACUCCACCGUCUCGUGGCUGUCCUCACUGGACGAUCCGACCAUCCUUCCGUUCGGUUGGUGUCAGGAGCACGGUCUGGACUGUUCCGGUGACGACCUGCUGCCCUCCCGGGCUCCGUCCCCCGAGGAGGAGAAUACCACCGAGCGGGCCUCCCCACUCCAGGACCUAUCCGAGGGAGCCGAGAAACUUCCGAACGGGGACGGACACCAAACAGAGGAGCCGGAGAUCAAACAGGAGAUAGAUGAUACACCGGACAGCCAGCAGACAGUGGAUAUAGCAGACAGCCAACAGACGAAGAGCAUAGCAGACAGUCAACAAGCAUCGAAUCUCGGAGGCAGUCAGCAGACAGUUGACAUAGCAGACAGCCAGGAACCAGGUGACAUACCAGACAACCAACAUAAAGAAGACCUGUCAGACAGCCAGGAGACGGUGAAUAUCCCAGACAGUCAGCGAACAAUUGAUCUUCCAGACAGCCAGCAAAGAGAAGAUCUGCCAGAUAGCCAGAAGCCAGACGAGAUACUGAACAAUCAGCACAUGGAAGACAUGCAAGACAGUUUGCCUGCCUUAGAUCUCCCAGACAGUCAACAAACAGUGGAUUUAGCAGAUAGUCAGCAAACAGUGGAUAUACCGGACAGUCAGAUGAUGGAAGAAAUUACAGACAGCCAGCGAACGUUGGAUCUUGCAGACAGCGAGCAGGCAGAGGGCGCAUCAGUCAGCCAGCAAACGGAUCUGCCAGACUAUACCGAAGACGAUGACCCACUGCUCAGUCAACAGGCUGUGGACAUUCCCAAAACAUCUGAGCCCGAUGCCAUGCUGGUGGAUAAUACGGGCCUGGGUCUGUCUGACAUUGAAUCGAUGGACGAUUUCCCAGACAGUCCGGUGAUGUCUCCGCUGUCUGAUUCCAGGCAGGCAGACAACGGACCGGACAGUGCGCAGACAGUCGAGCUGAGCGGGUCGCUGUCUGGCGGCGUGGUGGGAGAGUGGCUGCUCGAGGAGCCCGGGCAGGGGACGGACGAGCCGGCUGUGCUGGAUGGCGGCGAGCCGUGGCUCCAUCUCAGUCCCGUCUCUGAGGAGGUGCUGUCCCGGCCACCGACGGGGGCUGACGAGCGGCGCACACCGUCCUGCGCCGCCAGUCCCGGCUCGCGUCCGCCGUCCGGUGCUGGUCCACCGCCGUCAGAGCCGAGCCCGCCGGGUGACGAUGUAUUACUGGAGGAAAUGACCGGCCCUGGGCUCAUUCAGGUGGAGCGGGAUAUUCCGGGUCCCACUGAGAUCGAGGAGAACAGCCCGGAGCCCGUCGAAGUUGAGCUGUCGCUCGGCUGUGAUCUCUCUCCGACUGCCACCGACGCGCAGUCGGAAGGCGGUGACGAUGUUCCUCCUGACGACGUGCUUCUCGAGCUGGAGGAUGGUGACGAUCCUGAGGACGGCGAAGUUUCUCCGCCGGAGGACGUGCUUCUCGAGUUGUUGGACAGCAAUGACCCUCCGCUGGAGAACGUUGAUGACUCUCCAAUGGAGGAAGUCAAAAAUGUUUCACCAGAGGACGGUGGUUGCCCUCCGCUGGAGGACGUGCCCGCCGAGCCGGAGUCAGCGAUUGAAGCUGCCCUCCGAACUACUGAAGAAUUGCUCCAGGCUGCUGAGGCUGCCCCACCGGCAAUCGACACAGAGCCGCCGACCUCUGAAGACACUCUUGCGGUUCCCGGUGCUGCUGCAGCCGCAUCCUCCGAUGCUUCUAGCGGCUCGUCGCUGGCUGAUGAUGUGUCUAAUGCCCUUCGGUCUGUGACUGUGGCGAACAGUGCGGCUCCCCUUAUCGAGCCAUCGCCAACCAGUGACGUCUCUGGAAGCAGCGCGGCUCCCUUGAUCGAGACGACGCCGCUUGAAGACACCGCAAUCCAGCACCAGCAGGAGAAGGUGGUCGACAGGGACGCACCCACUGUGGCCGUUCUAGGAGACGGCUCCUCUGGCAUCGGAUCUGGUCCUGUAGCGUCUCCUGUGACUACCCCGGCCGAUGGCAGACGAACGGAGGAUAACGACUCAUCUGCCGCCGGCUCUGGUCCCAGGAAGUCUCCUGCGGCGGGCUCCGGUCUAGAUCUUGUGGAAUCUGUCGUGGCAGCGCCAACUGGUGGUGUAACACCAGAGGAUGUCUCUCCGGCCGUUGGGCCCGGUCCUGUAAAAUCUCCUGUGAUUGCACCAAUCACUGGCAUGCAGAUGGAAGGAACUAGUUCCCUUGGCGCUGGGUCUGGACCUGUUGAAUCUGCGAUGGCGGCACAGGAAAGCGGCCGCCUUUCUUCCAAUCUAGGUCCUGAAGAUUCUGUGACGACUACUCCGGCCGGUGACCAGCGACCAGAGGGCAGCUCACCUGGCGACGAAUUCCUUUCUGUACAGUCUCUUGCGGUCGGUGCGGGCUCCAGCCCAGUUAAGUCUGCUGUGACCACGCCAGCCGGUGGCGAGCGACCGGAAAACACUACCCCUGACGAUGAGCCCGCUCAUGUGCAGUCUCCUCCAGUCAGCAGCGGUCUCGGUGCAAUAGAUUAUUCAAUGACAGUGCCAGCCGGUGACGGGAGGCGGGAAGACGGCUUCUCUGGUACCCAGCCCGGACCUGGGGCAUCUCCUGCAGUCAGCUCCGAGUCCGGUGUCGAUCCUAAAGAUUCUUCAAUGACUUCGCCAGCCGGCCGUGCGCAAACAGGUGCUGAUGACCGCUCAGCCGCCAAGCCCGAAUCUGAGAAGUCUCCUGUGGCUGGCAUCGAUCUCGAUCCUGAAGAGUCUACUGUGGCAAUGCCAGCCGGCGUCGUGCCGUCGGAGGAGACUGGCUCAUCUAGCACUGACUGCGGUCUCGUGAAGUCUCCUGUGGUCGAUUCCGGUCUCGGUCCUGUAGAGUCCUCUGUUGAAGCACCGGCUGUUGACGGACCACCGGAGAAGGACGGCUCCUCUGGCGCCAGUGCUGAGCUCAUGGAGUCUGCUACGGCGGCGCCGACUACCGAUGCGCGACCACAGGAUAUCGUCUCCCCUGCCGCUAGUCUUGAUCCCUUGGAGUUUGCUGCUUUGGCUGCGCCUGCCGUCGACGAACCGCCGGAGAAGGUGAGAUCGCCUGCCGCCGGAUCCUGUCUUCUAGAUUCACCAGUGACUGUGUCAUCCAUUGGUGGGCCUACGGAGAAAAUAGACGCUUCAACCGCUGGACCCUGUCCGGUGGAUCCUCCCGAGACUGCGUCGGCCACUGAAGAACCCCCGGAGGACGAUACCCCACGACUUCAGUCCUCCGACCUGGCGGCCCAGGAGCCGGCGGACGAGGUCGGACUGGCCGCCGGCACUGCUCUGGAGCUGGUGGAUCCCGAGGCGUCCGAGCAGUUGUGUGCGGCCGCCGUGCAGCGGACAGCCGGACACCUGGUGUGGCUGCGGCUGCUCUCGGCGGCAGGCGCACCAGACUUCAUCUAUCCGCACACGAGCGACUCGCUGUUCCCGGUGGGAUGGGCGGCGUCCAACGGCGCAUCGUUCCAGCCGCCUCUCGACUGGGACGACCGCCGCCCCCGCCCCCGCCCCCGCCCGCGCCGACGCCGCCGCUCGGCCGGAGACCGCCGCCACCGGACGCACAGCGCUGCGGACGGCUCGGCUGGGUCUGAGGCGGAGGAAGCUGAGCUGCCGGGUCCAGACAGUGCAGCCAGUACGUGGACGGGACCUCUGUACGUCAACACGUCCUGCUGUACCGGCCCGCUGCUCAGCACCAACAAGCUGGUGGCGCAGCCAAGGGUGGUCGGAGCCGGGCCGGUGCGGCUGGUGGCCCGUGACCUGCUCACGCGGCUGGUAUGGGCCGGCUACCAGGAGAGCCGUGUGCUCAAACUGCUCCAGUCCACCGGCCCCGCGCGUCCCGGCUGGACCAACGACCUCAUUAAAGCCAAAGUGAACAACACCAUCUUCGGCGGUGUGAUGGAGCUGCCGCUGAGCCGACACCAGAUGGAGGAAUUCUGCGCCGGCCUGUUCGCGCGGCUGCAGUGCUGUCCCGCGCUGGUGGCCCCCACCCGGCACCCGGCGGACGCGUGCCCGCACCGGUGUCGGACUACGCUGCGACUCGCCCAGCAAAACAGCAGGUCGGUGGAUCUGCCGCCGGGUGAGACGGGACCGGCCCUGCUGCGGGAGCGACUCGGGCCGGCCAAACGGUCCCGGCCCGACUACCUUCACGCUCUGGAGCCGCCCACUCGGCGCCGACGGGGCAGGCGGCCCAAGUGGCUGGACGAGGCGGACGGAGAGAGAGCGGCGGCGGCCCCGCGGAAGCCGCCCUCGCCCAAACCCGACCGGCCGGCCCUGUAUCAGGUGGCGCUGGAGAAGAGCCCGCGGCUGUGGGGCGCCACCGACCUGGCCCAGUACCUGAGCACCACCGAGUGCGCCCACCUGGUGCCCAGUCUGCUACAGCAGGAGCUGGACGGCGUGUCGUUCAUGCUGCUGACGUGGUCGACGCUGACGGAGGUGCUGCAACUGAGCGAGCGCGACGCGCUGGCGCUCUGCACGCACGUGUCGCGCGUCAAGUACACCUACUUCACGGCGUUUAGCGGGUGAGCGCCGCACUGUGACUGGCUGGUACCGUGUCUCGGUGUCUCCAUGGCGUUGUGCGCCCGCCGUGUGGAUCUACCAUAUGGCUGGUAAGCGGAGUCCGCUGCCAGCGCCGCUCGCGUUGCAGGUACGGACGCACGGUUUUUAUCUGCCAAUCCGGGAACAUCUCGGUGAGAAGUCUCCCGAGGGGUUCAUCCAAGAGAGUGUACUUUAAUAAUGUAGUGGCUGUGGUGGAGACGACCCCGGUGCCAAGUCGCCGAGUGCGGCCCCGCGGGCGCCCCACGUGUGCGCUGGCGGCGGGCCAGUGCCCAGUGACUCUCCCCACGGUCCUGUCAUGCGCCCCGAUCUCAUCAAACGUCGAACCAGUGCUGAUCAUCCUCAUCGCGUGCUCAUCUGGGACACAGAAAUGGCAAUAAAUACACGUCGACUGAAAAGAA